AUGACGUCGACCUUGCGACGAAAAUGCGAGUUCUGCAACCUGCAGCACAAGAAGUGCGAUGGCGGCCACCCAUGUGGGAUUUGUGUCAGUGCAGGUCGCAAGGCAGACCAAUGCAUCGAGCACACUCGAGGGCGAUCUCAGCGACCGGCCACUGGCGCAGCCCCACGACGACCAGUGAUCCCUUCCUCGUUGACAGCAGGCCCCCCCAAAGCCCAGCCUUCAAGGCCCGUCGAGGUUGAUGAAGACUUGGACGAGGAGUAUCAGCCUCGCAGGCCUGAUCGUAGGACUGCAACAAGCCGGUAUGCAGCGAGGACUUCCGCACCAGUGUCGUCUUAUCUUGAGGCAGAUGAAGACGAAGAUGAGGAAGAGAACAACCUCGAGCAGGACCAGGGUGCGAUAGAGGAUAUCGCCGCACCUCCAGAGGGUGCUACUCUGGCCACGACGGAGUUUGUUGCCGAAGGACUCCCAUUCGACGGCAAGAUCUGGACAGUCAAGGCCGAGCUGACAAUAUCCGAGCACCAAAACUUCAAGUCUUGUCGGGACUACGGGGUGGGGUUCCGGCUCGAGCGUACUGGGGAGGCUUCUCUGGAGGUUGGAUAUGGAAUCGCCAUCCGUAUCGACAAGAACGUCCUCAACGACAAAUGCCAAGAGCGUUGGAUUGGAGAGCUACUUCAACCGAAGCGGUGCAAGCGGAGGGACCUUACCCGCCACGCACAUGGAGGACACAAGGUGUCAGAGGUUGAGCGCUACGCUCAAAUGUACUACGAGAAGGACGGCAGUCUGCGAGUUGGCGAAGACCUCGAUCGGGUGCGUCAGUCGAUGCCUGCUGCUCGGCAAUUCCUCGCAAUACAGGAUUGCAUGCUCGAGAAACCAUUCCGCGGCAAGGGCCUGUCGAAGUGGUGCAUGUUCACAUUCUUGGCUGCAGUCGCUCAUGCGCCAAAGGAGCAUGCAUACACUGGCAUGGGCUAUCGUCUGUUGGUCUCCGGAGAUCCCGCUAUGAACGGCCAUGGCAUCACGAUCAUGGAUCGUUCCUUCACGGAGAAGGGUAUACUUGCAGAGCUGGAGGCUCUCAAGCAGUCUACAUCACAACGCGGUCACCCGCAAGGCCUGACACCAAGCGCAACAUCUCUCGCUUCUGGCAGCAAGAAGCGAUCAGGUGCGGACCUAGACGAAGCGAGUGCCCCGUUAUUCAAGAAGACAAAGAGAGACAGAACCGAGACUUCAGAGCCUGUUGCAUGGAGUGAGGACCUCACCAGAUUCCUGAAGACAGCCAGCACUGAUGAGCUGAAGGCGGCUAGGCGCGCGUUGUUGUGGGAAGUCCUGCCGGCUCAGGACAAGUCGAACGGCAUGCGACCAUCGGCACCCGCUGAGUGGAGUGAAAGCCUCGAUACAUUCGUGAAAACAGCCAGCACUCUUGAGCUGGAGGCUGCGAGAGACACGCUGUUGUCGAACGCUGUGCCGCGCGACAGCAAGUCCAAGAUCACACUACCACCAGAACCGACGCUGUGGAGCGCAAUACUCGGCAACUUCGUACGUUCAGCAAGCAUUGCUGACUUGAAGGCUGCUAGGGACACACUAGUGUCGAAAGCUGUGCCGAAGGAGGGCAAAGCCCAGACAGCUUAUUAA